AUGGUGGAAGCAGCAGCCAACCGCAAGAUUACACUAUUUUCACCGAAUCUUUCGAUACGUACAUUGAGUUCGAGAUGUCACAGAGCUGGAAGAUAUAUCAGUGGUUUGUCGAAGGAAACUCGUGAGAUGAAGCAGAGCAAGAAGCAGGCGAAGAGCUGCUCUUGUUUCUUGGAAGUACAACUGCAUGACUCUGGAGUGGUUACUGCAACAGGAUGUUUUGGUCAUGUAGGCCACAAACUCGAAGUUCCUCUCCUUCUUCUAUCAACCAAGCAGGAGCUGUUUCUAAAGAAUCUUCUGGAAAAGUUCUCCAUGGAUUUUAUACUCAAUCGCUUACAACGCGAGUAUUCUCCGAAGACAUCACGGCUUGGGUCCAUUGAUAGAAAGGAUUUGUGGGAUCUUGUGAGAAGAUAUCAAAUUCUCCCAGUUCCUCGUGAAACCGGCUGUCCAAGAAACGUUAUGCCUUCGUAUGGCUAUCGAAGUUGUUGUGGUGAUGACUAUGAAGAGGAACAGGAUUGUGAUUCUGAGGAUGAUCUGCUGGGACGGCCCUCGUGCUCACCUCCACGGCCGACUCAAACCUCAGAAAAGCAGAAGGAACCAAUUUUGCUAAACGUUGAAGGAAAGCGUCUCCACAGCGCAACAAGUUUGCCUUCUACUUCGAAGGAGGCCACAAAGUUCUCAGUGAAACAAAUACAGCGGAACCACACGAAUACUGAAAAUUUGCUGAGUAUGGAGAAGUGUGAGAUGCCCGAAGGCUCUUUUUCUGAAGAUAAUCCUUUGACGACAAAAAACAAUCGACAAAAAAUAUUUGAACGUUUCGAAGAAGAUGUCUCUCGCAAGAUUGUUCAUACGAUCGCAACCGUUCCACCACAGGAUGCUCCUUCCUUAAGCUGUACCGUUACUAGUAGCGGUCGUGCUCCCAUGCUGGCCUCUAGAUCAAGAUCUUCGCUCUCAACACUACAAACGACCGCAUUACUUCCAAAAAGGCUGGAGGCGCCACAUUUGAUGAGUCCCGAGGGUGAACAUAAACCUGUACCGAGACCUUCGUGCCCACCUUCACAACAGUCCCCAGUGUCAGAAAAGCAAGAAGACAAGAAACUAAUCCUCCCGAAAAUCGAAGGGGAAUCGUCUCUACAGCGCAACGAGUUUGCCCUCAACUUCGCAUCAGGC